AUGGAUCUUAUUGAAACGGACAUACAGCCAGUUGAAACAACUGUCUGCGGGUCAUUGUCGCCACUGAUAUCUCUGGAUUUUGAACCUGUUGGAAGAUGGUUUGAGGCCCACCAUCAUCGUGCUUACAGUCUUCACUCUCAGUCACAUCAUUCUUUAGACAGCUCUUCAACAGACUCGGAUGAGGCCGAGGAGGAAGAUCAGUUUGAUGAGGAAGAUGAGUCACUGCUUUUGCGAUUGGAUCCUAAAGAAUGGAAGAAACAAGACCACUAUGCUGUUCUGGGAUUGAGCAAACUUCGAUACAGAUCUUCAGAUGACCAGAUCAAGAGAGCUUAUAAACAGAAAGUUUUAACCCACCAUCCUGACAAAAGGAAAGCAAGAGGAAAAGCUGUGAAGGAAGGAGAUGAUGAUUACUUUACAUGCAUUACUAAAGCUUAUGAGAUUCUUGGGAACAAGCAGAAAAGAAUGUCUUUUGACAGUGUGGAUCCAGAAUUUGAUGAUGAUAUUCCGUCCGUUAACCAGAACUCUAGAGACAAUUUUUUUGCCGUCUUUCGUCCAGUCUUUGAAAGAAAUGCAAGGUGGUCAACUAAAAAGAGAGUCCCAAAACUUGGUGAUGAAAACACUUCAUUUGAUGAAGUUAAUAAUUUUUAUUCCUUUUGGUAUGAAUUUGAUUCUUGGAGAGAAUUUUCUUACAUGGAUGAAGAAGAGAAGGAAAAAGGAGAAAAUCGUGAGGAAAGGAGAUGGAUAGAGAAGCAAAACAAAGCUGCUCGCCAAAAACUAAAAAAAGAGGAAGUUGCCAGGUUACGUCAGUUGGUUGAUAAUGCAUAUGCAUGUGACCCUAGGAUUCAGAAAUUUAGAGAUGAGGAAAAAGAAAGAAGGAGUGCAGCAAAGAAAGCAAAACAAGAGAUUGCUAAACAGAGAGCUCUAGAGGAAGAAGAGAGACUACGGCAAAUAGAAAAUGAGGCCAAACAAAAGAAAGCAUUAGAAGAUGAAAUUGCAAGAACACAGGCUGCCAUUGCCAAGAAGGAGAAGGAUGCUUUCAAAAAACAGUUGAAAAAAGAAAGAAAGCAAUUUAGGACUUCUGUGAAGGACUUUGACUACUUUGCAACAAAUGAUGAAGAACGAGUGGCAGUUUUACAAGAUGUAGACCGGUUAGCAGAGCUUUUGUCUCUUGUCGACUUACAAACUCUAAAUCAGAAUCUGAGCCAAGGGGACAAAGAGCUAGCCAAAGCUGUGUUCAUGAGAAAGGUGAAAGACUUUAAUGAUCAGAUGGAAGAAGAAAAGAAGAAGCAGCUUGAGCUGACACAGCAGAAAUCUGGAGGAAUUACUACCAGCACAAAGAAAAUCUGGACAGAGACGGAAACACAGACUCUGAUAAAAGGAGUUAAUUUGUUUCCUGCAGGGACACAGGACAGAUGGGAGGUGAUUGCCAACUUUAUAGGCCAGCAUGUUGCAGGUAGUGACAAGAAUGCCAAGGAUGUUUUAUCUAAGGCAAAAGAGCUGCAGAAGAAUGAUAUGAGGUUGAAAGACGAUGUUAAACAGAAUGCAUUUGCCAAGUUUGAACAGAGCCACAAGGCAGCUAAAUCUGGGCACAUGGAAAGGCCUAGUGAAAGACUGGAGAGUGUUGGAGAGCAGCAGGUGAGAGAAGUAGGCACCAAUCAAGCUCCUUGGACAGCAGACGAGCAGAAGCUUCUGGAACAGGCUUUGAAAUCUUACCCUGCCAGUGAAGCCGACCGCUGGGACAAGAUUGCAUCGGGCAUCCCUUCCAGGAGUAAAAAAGACUGCAUGAAAAGAUACAAGGAACUCUGUGAGUUGGUGAAAGCCAAGAAACAGGCCCAGACAGCUGUUGCUGAAAACAAGAAAAAGUUGUGA